AAAUAAAUUAAAGAAAGCUUACCUUAAUCUUUUACAAAAUAAAAGAGACAAAACGAAACUUCCACAGGUAGGAUGUAUCGAUAAGAAAUCUGGUGAGUAAGCAGUAUGAGACGUAGUAUGCGUAUUACCACAAGGUAGGAUGGAUUAAUGGGUAGCACAGACAGUCAGAACACUGGCCCUAGUGUAUUGGAGUUUGACGCCCGUGUUACACCAAUGUGGCGUGUCUACUUUGGAGCUAACGUCUUGAUUUAGUGUAGUCAAUUGGGAUUCCUUUUUGGGAUAUCCUUUCUGUAGAACUGUCUACAAUGUCAAGACAGGACACAUGAGAAGCAAAAAAAAGAAAUCUGUUAUGUACUGCUUGUGUUUUGACUGACAGGCUAUCUGAACGUGCUGUCCAAUAACCGUUGGCGAGAGCGCUGGUGCCGCCUGAAAGACAACCAGCUACUCCUCCACAAAGACCGUGAUGACCUGAAGAGCCACAUUGCCUCACUGCCCCUUCGAGGCUGCGAGGUCAACCCCGGCCUCGACCACAAACACCCUUUCGCUUUCCGCCUCCUUCGUAAUGGCCAGGAGGUGGCGGUGCUGGAGGCCUCCUCCUCUGAGAUGAUGGGGCGUUGGUUAGGGGUGUUAUUGGCCGAGACUGGCUCUACCACUGACCCAGCCACUCUGCACUAUGACUACAUUGAUGUGGAGACCACUGCCAACGUCAUUCAACUGGCCAAGCAGUCCUUUUGUUUCACUAGUAAACGUGCCAUCUCUCCAAAUCCAUAUCUUGACAGCCAAGUCAAUGGCUAUGCCUGUCCCUCUGGUAUGGCUCUACACUAUGAUGAUGUGCCUAUAAAUGGAAUGGAACUUGAGUUGCAGUACUCCACUCCCACCACAGGGCGGGGCCAGACGAAAGAGGAGGUGCAGCAAAAGAGCACAAAUCUGUAUGAAAAUAUGCCAUCACCUCAACUGGUGAUGCGCUAUCCCCCCAAAGCUUCCUCUGCUCCCACUUCCUUCUCCUCCUCUUCUGCUGCUCACUGUAAAUCUUCUGUUUCUAAAAUCUCCGCUCAAUUCCUCACUGCUGACCAUAAACCUUUGGACUCCACUCAGUUCAAGGGAAAGAAGGGAGCGAGUAUCAAUGGAGUGGCUUCCAAACAGAAGGUUGAGCCAAAGAGUCAGGCCAAGAAGAAUGGAGUCAGUGGGAUGCCAUCUGUGAAACGCAACAACUCCAGUAAGUGUUGGGAUCACAGUAGCAUCUCUGAAUUUUCCUGUGAAGCAUAAGGAACUCAUGUUUUUUGUGUGUCUGGCUCCGUUGAUCAGUCUCUCCAGUUUGUUGUGGAAAUUUAUGCAAAAUCAAAAGUAUCCCUAUUUUGCACUAAUGAAAAGCAGAGGAUUAGGGACACUAAAAACAGAAGAAUAAAAUAAUUCUGACUUUAAUCUCAGAAUUUGUAUUCUUUCUCCAUCUAUGUCAAAAUCAAAAUAAAUAAGUCAAGUAUUUUGUUAGCCAAUGAAAAUAGUGAUAUUACUGUUUCUUCCUUGGAUUUGUAAACCUGGACUUUAUACACACGAAAGUAUGUCCAAAAUUUAUUUGGUAGAAUUGAAUUUUAGGACUAGAUUUGCCUGAUGGUGCUUACACAAUUUAAAUCAAUCAAUCAAUCAA